CCACCCUCCCGGCCCCGGUCUCUUCUCGGUUCUCGCCGCCCCUCGCAGUCGCAGGCGGCAGCCGGCUUCCCCCUCCUAGAGUUGCCGCCCGGCGCCGCCGUCCAUUCCACGCCCCUCCGCUUUCUAUGGCCUGUGUAGGGUUGGUCUAGAAGGCCUGCCGCUAGCGGUUGGAUUUCCGCGGAACAUUGCUGAGUCCGCUCCUGGCGCUGCUCUGACUGAGAACUGGAUAUGUUGGGCCUAGCACCCCUCCGCUCUGCUCCUCUCCCUAUCCGCGCCUCCGCCGUCCCCAGCGCCCGCUCCUCCGCCACCGCCUGCGGCCGAAAUUCCUCGCAGCAGCAGCAGCUCGCCGAUGGUGGCCAGCUCUCGCUUGCUGUGCCAGAGGCGGACGAAGGUGACACGGUGCUGCCGGAGAAUGUGCACAAGUGGAGGAUGGUCAUCGCCUACGAUGGAACAAAGUUCAAAGGUUGGCAGUAUCAACCAUCAAUUCCAACAAUACAAUACUUUCUAGAGGAUGCACUGAUAUGCAUCACUAAGCUGGAUCGGAAGAAACUGUGCUUGGUUGGUGCAGGCAGGACUGAUACAGGUGUUCAUGCAUGGGGUCAGGUGGCACAUUUUACUACACCCUUCAGUUACUGUUGCCUCAAUAGUAUUCAUUCUGCAAUGAAUGGAUUACUUCCUCCAGAGAUUCGAGUCAGGGAAAUUAGCGCAGCACGUCCUGAAUUCCAUGCUCGCACAUCCACAAAGAGCAAAGUCUAUCGCUACAAGAUCUAUAAUGAAGCAAUCAUGGAUCCCUUUCAUAAUCGCUAUGCUUAUCAUAGUGCUUAUAAACUUAAUCCCCAUGCCAUGCAGGAGGCUGCAAAUUAUUUUGUUGGAACCCAUGACUUCACAUCCUUUGCUAAUGCUGCACAUAAUGAUCGUGAGCGCAGAUCCACAAAGAAGAUAACACGUUUUGAUGUUACUGAAAUGGGUGCUGUCCUACAGCUUGAGGUUGAAGGCACCGGUUUUCUGUACAGACAAGUGAGGAACAUGGUUGCUUUGCUGCUUCAAGUCGGAAAGGAAGCACUGCCUCCUGAUAUCGUUCCAGCGAUCAUUGCGGUCAGGGACCGCAAAGAACUGGCGAAGGUGGCCUUGUCAGCGCCACCACAUGGAUUGUGUCUCAUGUCGGUUAACUAUGACGAGGAAAUCCUCAAGCCUCCUGAAGGUUCUCCUCCAGUUUCCUUUGGCAGAACUCACCAUCUUAGUAAAUGCAAACUUCCGUUUUAUUAAUUUGUUACAGAUGAAUUGUCUUCCAGAGAUCUAUCGUUUUUUUAGUUUCCCUUGCCUCCUAGAAUUUUCUUGCUUCACAACUGUCAAUUGUAGGCCCUUAUGGCCUGCUAGUUUUUGCGAAGGUAUUGAAAUACUUUCUUUAUA